CUGUGCUCCUGGGGCCAGUCGGCGCGAGCAAGUGGCGGCCCGGGAGCCCAGCUCCAGAGCUGGCAGCAGCUGCGAGCACGGGCGGACUCCGCGGAACUGCCCCUGCGAUGGGACACCUGUGUUUCUUGAGGAUCUGGGGCCUCUGGGGUCUGCUGCUGUGUGCCGCGGAUGCCCACACAGAUGGCUCUAAAAUAACCCCCAAAGUCACAGAAAUAAUACCUAAAUAUGGGAGCAUAAAUGGAGCAACAAGGCUGACUAUCAAAGGAGAAGGUUUUUCUCAAGCAAACCAGUUUAACUAUGGAGUUGAUGAUGCUGAGUUGGGAAACAGUGUGCAAUUAGUUUCUUCUUUCCAGUCAAUUACUUGUGAUGUAGAAAAAGAUGCAAGUCAUUCGACUCAAAUUACAUGCUAUACUAGACCAAUGCCAGAAGAUUCCUACACUGUUAGAGUCAGUGUGGAUGGGGUUCCUAUCACAGAAAAUAACACCUGCAAAGGUCACCUGGAUAGCUGGGCAUGCAGCUUCAACGCAAAAAGUUUCAGAACCCCAACAAUAAGGAGCAUCACACCUUUAUCUGGAACUCCAGGUUCACUAAUAACAAUUCAAGGCAGAAUCUUCACUGAUGUCUAUGGGAGUAAUACUGCACUAAGCUCAAAUGGGAAAAAUGUUCGGAUUUUGAGAGUUUAUAUUGGAGGAAUGCCCUGUGAGCUUCUCCUACCACGAUCUGAUAAUUUGUAUGGCCUAAAACUAGAUCAUUCAAAUGGAGAUAUGGGUUCCAUGACUUGUAAGAUGACUGGAACUUACAUUGGUCACCACAAUGUCAGCUUCAUCUUAGAUAGUGAUUAUGGAAGGAGUUUCCCAGAGAAAAUGACAUAUUUUAUUUCUUCUCUCAAUAAAAUUUCAAUGUUUCAAACAUAUGCAGAGGUCACUCUGAUUUCACCUUCACAUGGAAGCACUCAAGGUGGUACCACACUGACAAUACGUGGGAGCUUCUUUGACCAGACAGAUUUCCCAGUCAGAGUUCUGGUUGGAGGUCAAGCCUGUGAUAUUUUGAAUGUCACGGAAAAUAGGAUAUUGUGCAAGACACCUCCCAAACCUCAUGUUCUCAAGUCUGUAUAUCCAGGUGGGAGAGGCCUAAAGCUUGAGGUAUGGAGUAAUACUCAGCCAGUACAUCUCGAAGAGAUACUUGAAUACAAUGAAACAACGCCAGGGUAUAUGGGUGCCAGUUGGGUAGAUUCGGCUUCUUAUAUUUGGCCUGUGGAACAAGACAAAUUUGUUGCACGAUUGAGUGGAUUUUUGGUGGCUCCAGAUUCUGAUGUCUAUAGAUUCUACAUCAAAGGAGAUGACCGUUAUGCUAUUUAUUUCAGUCAGACUGGACUUCCAGAAGAUAAGGUGAAGAUUGCAUAUCAUUCUGCCAAUGCCAACAGUUAUUUUUCUAGUCCUACACAAAAAUCCGAUGAUAUUUAUCUUCAGAAAGGAAAAGAAUAUUAUAUUGAGAUCCUGCUACAGGAGUAUAGAUUAAGUGCUUUUGUGGAUGUCGGGCUGUACCAGUAUACAAAUGUCUAUACCGAACAACAAACAGGAGAUGCAGUAAAUGAAGAACAAGUUAUCAAAUCCCAGUCAACAGUCAUCCAGGAAGUGCAGAUUAUAACACUGGAAAACUGGGAAACAGCUAAUGCAACUAAUGAAGUUCAGAAGAUCACAGUAACCAGCCCAUGUAUAGAAGCUGACUCAUGCUCACUUUACCAAUAUAGAUUAAUUUAUAAGAUGGAAAAAACUGUCUGGAUACCUGCUGAUGCUUCGGACUUUACACUGCAAUCAGCCUUAAAUGACCUCUGGUCUAUACAACCAGAUACAGUUCAAGUAAUAAGAACAGCAGAGAAUCUUCAGAGUUAUAGCUACAUAAUAACCUUUAUGUCAACUAGAGGAGACUUUGAUCUGCUCAAUUAUGAAGUAUUUGAAGGGAAUAAUAUCACACUGAAUAUUAUAGAACAAACCAAAGGGAAACCCAACUUGGAGACGUUCACACUGAAUUGGGAUGGGAUCGCUUCUAAGCCUCUUUCCGCAUGGUCAUCAGAAACCGAAUUUCAGGCAGCAGUAGAAGAAAUGGUCAGCACUAAGUGUCCACCACAAAUCGCAGGUGUGGAAGAAGGAUUUGUUGUGAAAUACUUCAGAGACUACGAAACUGACUUCGACUUGGAACUUGUUAAUAGAGGGCAGAAGACAGCUGAAACCGAUGCUUACUGUGGUCGCUAUUCCCUGAAAAACCCAGCUGUCCUUUUUGACUCAGCAGAUGUUAAACCAAACAGACCACCAUAUGGAGACAUUUUAUUAUUUCCUUAUAAUCAGUUUUGCCUAGCAUACAAAGGAUUUCUAGCAAAUUAUAUUGGUUUAAAAUUCUGGUAUCAAGGCAAUGGCAAGAUUACUAGAAGCACUGAAGCAAAAUUUCCAUAUAUCUUUGUUUAUGGAAACAGCUGGACCUACACUUGCAUAGACCUUCUGGAUCUCAUACAAACCAAAUACGCUGGGACAGAUUUUUUCCUUCAGAGGAUUAGUUUACAGAGAGCAUCAGAAUCACAGUCCUUCUAUGUGGAUGCAGUAUACAUUGGGCAGACACCUACAAUCUCAACAUUGAAUGACCUGCCAAAGAGAAGACUUCCAGCAUUAGCAAAUAAAGGAAUAUUUUUAAAGCACUUCCAGGUGAAUCAGACCAAAGUUAAUGGGUCAACUAUCACAAACCAAUAUUCUGUCACCAUGACUUCAUAUAAUUGCAGUUGCAAUAUACCCAUGAUGGCUGUGAGCUUUGGAAAGAUCAUUGCAAACGAGACCAAGAAUGAGUCUGUGUACAGAGCAAAUAAUUGGCCAGGGGAGUCAAAGAUUCGUAUUCAAAGAAUCCAAGAAGCAUCUCCACCUAUAAGUGGCAGCUUUGACAUUCAAGCUUAUGGACAUAUUCUCAAAGGCCUCCCUGCUGCUGUGUCAGCUACAGAUUUACAGUUUGCUCUUCAGAGUCUGGAAGCAAUGGGACAAGUCUCUGUCACCCGAGAGGGAACCUGUGCUGGGUACUCGUGGAACAUCAAGUGGAAAAGCGCAUGUGGAAAGCAGAAUCUCCUACAGAUUAAUGAUUCCAACAUUAUUGGAGAAAAGGCUAAUAUGACAGUUACCAAGAUAAAAGAAGGUGGCUUAUUCAGACAACGCAUACUUGGAGACCUGCUUCGUACACCCAGCCAACAGCCACAGGUUGAAGUCUAUGUCAAUGGAAUUCCAGCUAAAUGUUCAGGUGACUGUGGGUUUACCUGGGAUCCUAGGAAAACUCCCCUAGUCUUGGCCACAAGCCCUUCUCAAGGUUCCUAUCAUGAAAACACAAUUCUAACCAUAGUAGGCUCUGGAUUUUCUCCUGCUUCAGCAAUAUCAGUGUCAGUUGGAUCAGAAGACUGUACUCUGCUUUCUGUGGAUGGAAAUGAGAUCAAGUGCCAGAUUCUGAAUGGAAGUGCUGGGCACGUCCCGGUUGCUGUGUCCAUGGCCGAUGUUGGACUAGCACAGAAUGUGGAGGGUGAGCGAGUCCACUUUCUCUAUCAGAGUCAGAUCUCACACACCUGGCCUGCUUCUGGAAGCCUAGCAGGUGGUACUCUACUGACUAUAUCUGGAUUUGGCUUUAAUGAACAGUCGAAGGUAUUGGUUGGAAAUGAAACCUGCAACGUGAUUGAAGGGGAUUUGAAUAAGAUAACCUGCAGAACACCAAAAAGAACUGAGGGCACAGUCGAUAUUUCUGUUAUUACCAAUGGAUUUGAAGCCACAGUGAAAGAUGCUUUUAGUUAUAGUUGUUUACAGACUCCAGUUAUGACUGAUUUCAGUCCAAAAGUACGAACAAUACUAGGAGAAGUUAAUUUAACAAUUAAGGGUUAUAACUUUGGAAAUGAACAAACACAAAACGUGGUGGUGCAUGUUGGAGGAAAAACUUGCCAAGUUCUUUGCUGGAACUUCACAGAUAUUAAAUGCCUUUUGCCCAACCUGUCUCCUGGUAAACAUGACAUCUAUGUAGAAGUCAGAAACUGGGGUUUUGCAUCAACAAGGGACAAGUUAAAUGCUUCCAUAGAAUAUAUUCUGGAAGUGACCAGUAUGUUUCCACAGAAAGGCUCCUUGUAUGGUGGAACUGAAAUCACUUUAACGGGUUUUGGGUUCAGCACAAUACCAACUGAGAAUACCGUCCUCUUAGGGUCCUUCCCUUGCAAUGUGGUAUCAUCAUCAGAAAAUGUCAUAAAAUGUAUUCUUCAUUCAACAGGGAAUGUAUUCAAGGUUACCAAUAAUGGAGAGGAUUCAGUGCAUGGUUUAGGUUAUGCCUGGUCACCAGCAGUCUUGAACGUGUCUGUGGGAGACACAGUGAUUUGGCACUGGCAAGCACAGCCAUUUCUUAGAGGGAUAGGAUUUCGAGUUUUCUCUGUCUCCAGUCCUGGAAGUGUGAUUUACGACGGCAAAGGAUUUACAAACAGAAGACAGAAAUCUACAUCAGGUUCAUUUUCUUACCAAUUUACUUCACCUGGAAUCCAUUAUUAUAGCAGUGGGUACGUUGAUGAGGCUCACUCCAUUUUUCUCCAAGGAGUCAUUAAUGUUUUACCAGCUGAAACCAGGCACAUUCCCCUGCACCUGUUUGUGGGUAGCACUGAAGCCACAUAUGCUCAGGGAGGACCUGAGAAUUUGCACUUGGGGAGCUCUGUGGCAAGCUGCUUAGCAACUGAACCCGUGUGUGGCCCGCAUAAUAGCAGGGCUAAAAAUUCAAAUAGAUUUCUCUUUGAGCUUUCAACUUGUUUUUCACCAUCUAUAAGCAACAUUACUCCAUCUGCUGGAACAGUCAAUGAACUGAUAACAAUUAUUGGACAUGGCUUCAGUAAUCUCACAUGUGCUAAUAAGAUUACAAUUGGAAGCUACCCCUGUGUUGUGGAAGAAAGCAGUGACAAUUCUAUUACAUGUCAUAUUGAUCCACAAAACUCAAUGGAUGUUGGUAUCAGGGAAGUUGUCACUUUGACCGUCUACAACCUGGGCAUUGCUAUCAGCACACUGUCGGAUGAGUUUGAUAGGCGAUUCGUACUUUUGCCGCACAUCGCCAAGGUGUUGCCAAGUGCAGGAUCAACUACAGGAAUGACAAGAGUGAUCAUCGAAGGCUCUGGAUUUGCAGUUUCUCCUGCAGGUGUCCAAGUCCUAAUGGGCCAUUUCCCCUGUAAAGUUCUGUCAGUGAAUUACACAGCCAUUGAAUGUGAAACUUCUCCUGCUCCCCAGCAACUUGUGGCUGUAGAUCUUCUCAUUCAUGGAGUGCCUGCCCAGUGUCAGGGGAACUGCAGCUUUUCAUACUUAGAAAGCAUCGCUCCUUGUGUAACAGGAGUCUUCCCUAACUCUAUCAAAGGCUCUGGAAAAGUUCUUAUUGAAGGAGAAGGUUUUGGUUCUAUAUUGGAGGAGAUUGCUGUUUUCAUUGGAAAUCAACAGUUGAGAGCCAUAGAUGUGAAUGAAAAUAACAUCACUGUGCUAGUGACUCCUCUCCCAGCUGGACUGCAUUCUCUUAGUGUUGUGGUGGGAACAAAAGGUCUAGCUCGGGGAAACCUGACUGUCAACAGCCCCGCAGUGGCAUCUGUUUCACCGGCUUCUGGAAGCAUUGGUGGUGGAACUACUUUGGUGAUCACUGGAAAUGGCUUCUACCCUGGGACCAUCACAGUCACUGUUGGGGAUAACCCUUGUCAAAUUAUUUCUGUCAACAGCAGUAAUGUCUACUGCCACACCUCAGCAGGGGCAGCUGGAAUGGUUGUUGUGAAGAUCUUUGUGAAUACAAUCGCUUAUCCACCUUUGUCAUUUACAUAUGCACUGGAGGAUACUCCUUUUCUCAGAGGAAUUGUGCCAAAUAGAGGACCACCAGGAACCGAAGUUGAGAUUACUGGAUCUAACUUUGGCACUGAUAUCAUGGAAAUUGUGGUGAUGAUAAAUAACGCUCAGUGUGCCUUAAUCCUGGUCAAUGACAGUGCCAUGCGGUGCAUCGUUGGAGAACACGCUGGGGGGACCUUUCCUGUUAUGAUGCAUCGAAAGACAAAAGGCUCCGCCGUGUCCACGGUUGUAUUUGAAUACCCACUUAAUAUUCAAAAUAUACAUCCGAGCCAAGGGAGCUUUGGUGGUGGUCAAAUCAUGACAGUGACAGGCACUGGGUUUAAUCCACAAAAUUCAAUUAUACUACUUUGUGGCUCAGAAUGUGCAAUUGACAGAAAUAGAUCUGAUUAUACUACAUUAUUAUGUGAAAUUCCACCAAGUAACGGCAAGGGCCCUGAACAAGCUUGUGAAGUGAGUGUGGUCAAUGGGAAAGAUCUGUCACAGUCCACAACUCCAUUUACCUACACUAUGUCACUGACUCCGCUCAUCUUUGAAAUAUCUCCCAAGAGAGGCAGCACAGCAGGGGGCACCAGACUGACGGUCAUGGGAUCGGGAUUCAGUGAAAACAUGGAAGAUGUUCAAGUCGCCAUAGCUGAAGCUAAAUGUGAUGUUGAGUAUUCCAACAAGACACACAUCAUCUGCAUGACGAGUGCCCAUACUCCUUCGGGGUGGGCGCCACUCCAUGUCCAUGUCAGCAGAAUCGGCAGGGCCAAGGAUAAUGUGGACUUCUUAUAUGUUGAUGCUUGGUCUUCCAACUUCUCAUGGGGAGGAAGAUCUCCCCCAGAGGAAGGGUCACUUGCUGUUAUUACAAAAGGACAGACAAUCUUGCUGGAUCAAAGUACCCCUAUUCUGAAAAUGUUGCUUAUUCAGGGUGGAACUCUAAUAUUUGAUGAAGCCAACAUUGAACUGCAAGCAGAAAACAUUCUAAUUACAGAUGGAGGCAUUCUUCAGGUAUGUAAGAGAACAUGA